UGGUGCUGUAGCGGGUGGCGUCCACGUGGAGGGGCAGUGAGGGUUGUUGGGAGCCCCAGGGCAUCUAGCUGAGGCGAGGGCUCCUCGGGGUACUCUGUCCUUUAUCGGAGGUGUUGGUCGUGCGUGCUGCUAGAUGGACACUCCACCGCUCUCAGGGUCGGACUCAGAUUCUGAUGAUUCUCUUGUCACUGACAGAGAGUUGCAAGAUGCGUUUUCCCGAGGGCUUCUGAAGCCAGGUCUCAAUGUCGUCUUAGAGGGGCCGAAGAAAGCGGUGAACGACGUGAAUGGCCUCAAGCGGUGUUUGGCUGAGUUCGAGAGGGAUUUGGAAUGGGUUGAAAGACUCGAUGUGACCCUGGGUCCUGUGCCAGCGAUCAGUGGAUCUGAGGUACCAACACCUCAGAACAAGGACCAGAGAGCUGUUAAUCCAGAAGACGACUUCCAGCGGGAGAUGAGUUUCUACCGUCAAGCCCAGGCUGCAGUGCUUGCAGUACUACCCCGCCUCCACCAGCUCAAAAUCCCUACCCAGCGGCCCACUGAUUAUUUUGCAGAAAUGGCCAAGUCUGAUCAGCAGAUGCAGAAGAUUCGACAGAAGCUGCAGACUAAACAGGCUGCUAUGGAGAAGUCUGAAAAGGCUAAGCAACUGCGAGCACUUAGGAAAUAUGGAAAGAAGGUACAAACAGAGGUUCUUCAGAAGAGGCAGCAGGAGAAAGCACAUAUGAUGAAUGCCAUUAAGAAGUAUCAGAAAGGCUUCUCUGAUAAACUGGAUUUCCUGGAGGGAGAUCAGAAACCCAUUUCGUGGGAUAAGAAGGCAGGAGCUAAGGGCCAGCAGGUGAAGAAGGGGCCCAGUGCUAAACGACAAUAUAAAAACCAGAAAUUUGGUUUUGGUGGAAAGAAGAAAGGUUUGAAAUGGAACACUCGUGACAGCUAUGAUGAUGUAUCUAGCUUCCAGGCCAAGACAGCGCAUGGCAGGGGCCUCAAGAGGCUUGGGAAGAAAGGAUUAAAUAAGAGACCUGGAAAACGAACAAGAGAGAAGUUGAGGAACAGAACACGCUAAAUAGCAUCUUUGAGUAUAAAGAACCAGGAAGGAAGGGGUAAAGAUGUGCAAUUUCAAAAUACAAUUAUAUUCCUCUGUUGGUUUCUUUUGUAAAAAUUUCUUUCUAUCAGUAAACUAAAGAAAAAAUAUCAAAGGAA